CGGGCGGGCCCUGGCAACUCGGGAGCCUCCAGAAACGCUGCCUUUGCGGCGUGCCUGUGUGGUGCUGCCGCCGCCGCGGCUGCUGCUCUGCCUCCCUCCGCCAGCGCGCGCCUGGAGCGGCGAGCGGAGCGCGAGGAGGCGGCGCUGUGCAUGCUGGGCUCGGAGCGCGGCGGCGGCGGCGGGGCUUUGCCCUAGGAAGCGAGGCAGGAAGGACUUGAACUAGCGUGCAGCCGCCUCCGCCAGCCCUGCCUCCGCGAGACCCCGAAGGGGCUGCGCGCCCGGCGCCUCGGCCGGAUCGGAGCCGGGGCCAGGAGCGGCAGAGGCAAAGUCCCGAAGGCAGAGGCGGGACGGGGCUGCGAGGGAGGCGGAACCGGGGGAGGGCGGUCGACCCUGGGAGCCGCGCUCUCUCUCUCUCUCUCGCCGCCCCCCCCCGUCCCCGGUGGCUGAUCGCCGCUUGGCAGGAGGAAGCCCCCCCUGGCUGCGGAUCUGACUGAAGGGGGGCCGGGCGGGGAGGGAGGGAGGGAGGAAAGGGGUGGGAAUCCCUCGCCCUCCGCGCGCUCUCCGGGGCGCACGGCGCUUUUUCGUCGCGGUGGUUUCGCGGGGCUUCUUCGGAGCCGGGGAGCGGGCGAAAGGGGAGCCGACGUCGCCGGGGGCGCCUCCGCCAGCAGCAGCAGCAGCUCCUCUCCCGCCGCCUCCCCCUGGCCGGGAGAUGGUGACAUAUGAAGCGCGCUGGAAGGACCAUGGUUGAGCGGAACAGCAAGUUCCUGCUGAUCGUGGCGGGCUCGGUGUGCUUCAUGCUCAUCCUGUACCAGUAUGUGGGGCCGGGGCUGAGCCUGGGCUCGCCGAGCCUCCGCUCCUACCAGGACGAGCUGGACCUCUUCCCCACGCCGGACCCGCACUACGUGAAGAAGUACUACUUCCCCGUGCGCGAGCUGGAGCGCCAGCUCGCCUUCGACAUGAAGGGCGACGACGUGAUCGUCUUCCUGCACAUCCAGAAGACGGGCGGCACCACCUUCGGCCGCCACCUGGUGCAGAACGUGCGCCUCGAGGUGCCCUGCGACUGCCGGCCCGGCCAGAAGAAGUGCACCUGCUACCGGCCCAACCGCAGGGAGACCUGGCUCUUCUCGCGCUUCUCCACCGGCUGGAGCUGCGGGCUGCACGCCGACUGGACCGAGCUCACCAACUGCGUGCCGGGAGUGCUGGACAAGCGGGAGAGCGCCGCCGCCGCCAAAACGCCCAGGAAGUUUUAUUACAUCACUCUGCUGAGAGAUCCUGUAUCCCGUUACCUCAGCGAAUGGAGGCACGUCCAACGAGGAGCCACCUGGAAAACAUCCUUGCACAUGUGUGAUGGCCGGACGCCAACCCCCGAAGAGCUGCCAUCAUGCUAUGAAGGCACAGACUGGUCAGGCUGUACUCUUCAGGAAUUCAUGGAUUGCCCAUAUAACUUAGCCAACAAUCGCCAAGUGAGGAUGUUGGCUGACCUGAGCUUGGUGGGUUGCUAUAAUAUGUCCUUCAUACCAGAAAACAAGCGAGCACAGAUACUGCUGGAGAGCGCUAAGAAGAAUCUCAGAGACAUGGCCUUUUUUGGCUUGACAGAGUUCCAGAGGAAAACACAGUACUUGUUUGAGAGAACUUUCAAUCUGAAAUUCAUCAGGCCGUUCAUGCAGUACAACAGCACAAGGGCAGGUGGAGUAGAGGUAGACAACAACACCAUAAGGAGGAUCGAAGAACUUAAUGACUUGGACAUGCAGCUGUACGACUAUGCAAAAGACCUCUUCCAACAGCGAUACCAGUACAAGCGGCAGCUGGAGAGGAUGGAGCAGAGGAUAAAGAAUCGGGAAGAGCGGCUUCUUCACCGGUCUAAUGAGGCACUUCCCAAGGAAGAGACGGAAGAGCAAGGGCGCUUGCCUACUGAGGACUACAUGAGCCAUAUUAUAGAGAAGUGGUAGCCUUGACGGAAUUUUAUACUGAGAACAGGAUUUUAGGGUUUCCAUAAUAAAAGAACAUGGAAUUAAAAACAGCAACUCUUAUUUAAACAAAAAAACAAAAAAAUGGUCUGUAAAACAGAAGGUAGAAUGCUUCUAUAAACAAAGGGUCUUUUUACUGUUUCUUAUAAGACCAAUGGGGUUCUUAAUAAAAUAAAACAAAACAAAAAAAUAUUAAGGAAUCAAUCCUAGAGAGCUCAGAGUUUAAAAUGCACAAGCGUAGGUCCCCCAGCUCUGACGCCAAAUACAGUGUAAUGUUUCAUAUCCUCCUAGAUGCAAAUCUAGAGGUCACGGAUAGUAGCUUUGUAACCACUGUUCUCCCUUGGCAAGAGUAAUUUGAUCCUCAGAAAUGUCAAAUGUUUUUCUCCCUUGCUCAAGCAAGGUUUUCAGUUGCGAAAGUCAUAAUAAAUGGCAGCAAAUUUGCCAGACGGUGA